AUGGCUGCCAGGUUCUCAUACAGAAUUGUCCCGACAUCAAAAUCCAUGGCUUCUUCAGCUUCUUGGUACUGCGCCCUUCUCCUUGUGUCUCUUAUUUUGUUGAGUUCUUCUGUGGAGUCAUCUCUUGGGGGUGAGCGCAUCAGAGGGAACCAGCUCGUGGACCGAGCUUGCGAUGAAGUUUACGUGGUCGGAGAAGGAGAAACCCUUCAUAUGAUCAGCGAUAAGUGUGGGGAUCCUUUCAUAGUGGAGCAGAAUCCUCAUAUUCAAGAUCCAGAUGAUGUGUUUCCUGGGCUUGUCAUCAAGAUUACUCCUUAUAUGUCUAGGAAGCUUUUGAGGUAG